AUGGGCAAGCCACGUGGAAUCAGAUGUGCCCGUAAAUUGAGGGUUCACCGAAGGGAGGCCUUGUGGGCAGACAAGGACUACAAGAAGGCAAACCUGGGCACGAAGUACAAGUGCAAUCCUUUCGGAGGCACUUCCCACGCCAAAGGCAUUGUCGUUGAGAAGAUUGGCAUCGAAGCAAAGCAGCCAAACUCGGCCAUCCGCAAGUGCUGCCGUGUGCAGCUGAUCAAGAACGGUAAGAAGAUCGCAGCCUUCGUCCCCAGGGAUGGCUGCCUGAACUUCAUUGAUGAGAACGAUGAAGUGUUGGUGUCUGGCUUCGGACGACGAGGUCACGCAGUUGGUGAUAUUCCCGGCGUUCGCUUCAAGGUCGUGAAGGUGGCAGGCUGUGGCCUGGGAGCUCUGUACAGGAACAAGAAGGCUCGGCGAGCGUGUCCGUUGGAGCUGUCCUUGCUCCAGCUGUGUGGCCGGAGGGGUCACUUUGCCUCCAAGUUGCUUAGCUCUGGAUCCGUGGAUGUCGCUUCUCUGUUCGUGAUCCAGUUUGGAGAUUUCUUUGAGAAAGGCCGUGCACAGAGGUCCGUGGCGAGAGCUGCAAUGCAGUUUUUCUCGGUGGUAGCCACGCCGAUCGGCGUGCACCUCGUCAGGCUGCCCGCGAUGCCUGAGAAGUCUCCAAAGAAGAAGAAGCGGUCUUCUUCACACGACGCUGGCACCAAGGCGUCCAAGAAGAAAGCCUCGAGGUCAAGAUCUCGAGAAGAUGACCGGAAGAGGAAAGCGAAGUCACGCUCGCGCAAUCGUUCCAAAGAUCGAGAACGAUCGCGAGACCGCGACAAGCGGCGACGCAAAGAUUCUUCCGACAGCCGCCGAAGGCAGCGAGACAACCGCAGGCGUCAGCGCGCCUCGAGUUCUAGCUCGCUGCCGGUGCGACGGAGGCGAUCUCCCGACCGGAGGCGAUCUCCGGAGAGGAGGCGAAGCCCUGAUCGAGCACGCGAGCGUGAUCGAGAACGCAAAGCCCGUCGAGCCAAGGAUUCAAGCUCCGACGAUCGCAAGAGCAAGAAGAGCAAGGAUAGCAACUUUGACAGCGAGGUGAUUGACGUCAGACCGGGAACCGAGGAGACGAACGGCGAGAAGGAGAAGUCCUUAGCUCGCUCUCGCUCCUCGAAGUUCAGCGAGGCGCUGAACCCCUACCCCAAGGGCUCCAGCGAGGCUGUUCGAUUGGAUGCAGCACGGUUGGAGGUGGCCAGGUUGAAAGCCAUGGGAAAGAUGCCGCCCCCGCAGCUCUUGAAGGAGGUUGCUGUUGCAGCUCAGGCUGCUGCCCUCGUGGGCCAAGAAAAGGCUCCGGCUGUGGAAAAGCCGAAGCCCAAGAAGUCGGCGCCCGCUCCGUGGAUGGCUGCUCGAGCGGUUUUCGCCAACAAGGACGGCGAAGGUUCCAAAGCCUCUGAACCAGUCGCUCCAGCCGGUCAAGAAGGGAAAGAAACCAAAGACAACAAAGACAGCAAAGACGGCACGGGUGCCAAGAACAUCAAGAAGCUUGGCAGCUCGGAGCUUUCUGAGCCAGAGCCUCAGCGAGUGCAGACUUUCCCUAGGCUGUCAAAGGCCAUCGCAGAGGAUCGGAACAAGCUUCGCCUCUUCGUCGUGAAGGCGAAGUCGGACUUCGAAGAUCGCAAGGAGAAGGCACCGCGACGUGUUCUGUGGGUCCGACUAGCGGCUUUGCUGCCCUGUCCGGCUUUGCACCAGUCGGUCCAGAUGGGCGAGACGGACGAGAAUGAGUACUACUCAGCUUCCGUCGGGGAGGAGAUGGGCCCAAAUCGAUGCUACAAGGUGGAGGCUGCCAUCGGCAGAGGAGUCUUCUCCAGCGUGUACCACUGCAAGGGCUUGAAGGACGGCAAGGACUAUGCCGUCAAGUUGAUCAGGGCAAACGGAAUGAUGCGUCGGGCCGCUGACAAGGAGGUGGAGAUGUACAAGCGCUUGGAGAAGAACUCCGCGGAGGAUGCUGAGGGCUUCAAGCACGUCAUCAUCCUCUCCGACCUGCAGACCUUUGAGCACAAUGGUCUCGUCUUUGACCUGCUCAAGUGCGACAUGCGCUUUGCCUUGCAGAAGUACGGCAUGGGUGCAGGUCUUCCCUUACCGACUCUGCAGCAGUAUGUAAGGCAAAUUAUGUUGGGACUUCGCGCGCUGCGAGCUGCAAAGGUCAUCCACGCAGAUCUGAAGCCAGACAACAUCCUCAUGACGCUGAACAAGGCCGAAAUCAAAAUUUGCGAUUUCGGAAGUGCCAUGGACUCCUCAGAGCCGCUGAAGACUGCGUACCUCCAGCCCCGCUACUACCGAGCUCCAGAGAUCAUGCUCGGAGUUCCGUACGACAUGGGCAUUGACAUGUGGAGUGCCGGAACUACCACGUACGAGCUGGCCACAGGGAAGAUCUUGUUCACUGGGAAGACGAACAACCAGAUGAUGAACAAGAUGAUCUCCGUUGUGGGGAAGUUUCCAGAGAGGAUGUGGAAAGUCGGAGAAUUUGCGAGGAAGCACUUCAAUGAGAAUGGCGACUUCAUGAGCAAGGACCCCGACUCUAUCACUGGACUUCCAGAUGUCGUACAGCUGUCAAAGCCCACGAGAACGGUCCUGAAUCUGCUACAGGCAGAGCUGAAGCACCCCAAUGCCGGCGUGGAGCGCAAGGACCACGAGAAGUGGGUCGUGCAGCUUGCAGAGUUGGUCAGCAACUGCUGCCGGCUGGACCCACAAGAGAGGAUGAAACCCGGUGAGGCCUUGGAGCUGCAGUUCUUCAAGCCUUCGAGAGACAGCUGA